AUGUCGGUGGCCGAAUCGAUAGUUGUGAUAUUAUUAGGAGCGUGUGUUGGAUUGUCGAGACCAACUGGGCUGGACUGGCUGGCGAAAGCCGCGAAAGCGCGUUUGCAUGACGGGGGUGCUCUGGAGGCCUAUUAA